AUGCAGGAGUCUGUGUCUAAGAGGAGACCACCUUCUCCGGCACCCACCUGUGUGUCUAUGAAGAGUGACAUGUCCAAAGAUGGCUUCAUUAACUUUAAAGGAGGAGACGCUUCACCUCAACAGAUGGAGGAGUCUGUGUCUAAGAGGAGACCACCCUCUCCUGUACCCUCCUGUGUGUCUAUGAAGAGUGACCAGUCCAAAGAUGACAUUGUUAACUUUAGAGGAGACUCUUCACCUCAACAGAUGGAGGAGUCUGUGUCUAAGAGGAGACCACCCUCUCCUGUACCCUCCUGUGUGUCUAUGAAGAGUGACCAGUCCAAAGAUGACAUUGUUAACUUUAGAGGAGACUCUUCACCUCAACAGAUGGAGGAGUCUGUGUCUAAGAGGAGACCACCCUCUCCUGUACCCUCCUGUGUGUCUAUGAAGAGUGACCAGUCCAAAGAUGACAUUGUUAACUUUAGAGGAGACUCUUCACCUCAACAGAUGGAGGAGUCUGUGUCUAAGAGGAGACCACCCUCUCCUGUACCCUCCUGUGUGUCUAUGAAGAGUGACCAGUCCAAAGAUGACAUUGUUAACUUUAGAGGAGACUCUUCACCUCAACAGAUGGAGGAGUCUGUGUCUAAGAGGAGACCACCCUCUCCUGUACCCACCUGUGUGUCUAUGAAGAGUGACCAGUCCAAAGAUGACAUUGUUAAUUUCAAAGCAGGAGAUUAUUCACCUCAAGAGUAA